UACAUAUACAUGAUAUAUAUCUAUCUAUCAUAUCAUGUAUCAUAUUAUAUAAAUAGUAUAUAUUUUGACAUACACACAUAACCACAUACUCUCUUUCUUUGAAUUUUCCAAUCUUAGCUCAUGCAAAAAAGAAUCUUUAUUCACAUCUUUCAUCUUUUCACAACAAUCCCAAUUCGAAAGUUGCAAAAUUUAUAGGAUCUGUUACCUCAAUUUCCCAAUUAGGAAAGUGGGUCCCAAUGCAAUUGUUUCAGCUUUGAAUCAUCAUUUCUAUAUUAUUUUUAUAAUAACUAGGGUUAUUAUCAUUAAGUGAUCUUUUAUUUAUUGGGUAUAUUUGAGAUCUGAAUGAUAGAUUGUGAAAUUUGAGAAGAAAAAUGGAUUUGGAUUAUAAUGGGGAUUCGGGUUUUCUUGACCCGGAAUUGUUACAGCUGAAUGAAGUAUCUCCUUUGGCUAUUAAGUCGAAUCCUUAUGUUGCCGAAAAGCUUUUCGACCAAUGGCUUUCCCUUCCUGAAACCACCCUUUUGGUGAAAUCUUUGUUUAACAAUGUUAAAGCUGGUGUUCCAUUGAACGUCUCUGGAUCAGUUUCCAGCCCAAAGGCUUCUCCAGGCAGUUCAGUACCUUCUAUGUUUCCUGCUGGUAGUGCACCUCCGCUUUCGCCAAGAAGUUCGUCAUCUGGUUCUCCUCGUAUCGCCAAACACAGGGCAGGCCCUUCUGUUCUAGGUUCUCCUUUAAGAGUACUUAGCGAGCCAGUUAAAGAAUUAAUACCUCAGUUUUACUUUCAGAAUGGGCGUCCACCGCCUAAUGAGUUAAAAGAGCGAUGCUUGUUUAGAACCAAUCAGUUUUUCUAUGGUCACGUGAAUGGAUUGCAAUUGAAUGAAUUUAAACCACUUACAAAGGAGAUUUGCAAAUUGCCAUCGUUCUUCUCUAGUGCUCUUUUUAAAAAGAUUGAUGUUGAAGGAACUGGUGUUGUGACCAGGGAUGCUUUUGUUGAUUACUGGGUCAAUGGCAACAUGUUGAUUAAAGAUGUUGCGACCCAGAUAUAUACAAUAUUGAAGCAGCCUGAUUUGAGAUAUUUAACUCAGGAGGACUUCAAACCCAUACUUCGCGAACUAUUGACAACUCAUCCAGGUUUGGAGUUCUUACAGAGCACCCCAGAAUUUCAGGAAAGAUAUGCUGAAACGGUAAUAUACAGGAUUUUUUACUACAUGAACAGAGCUGGGGAUUCUCGUCUUACCCUCAGGGAGCUGAAGAGGGGAAAUUUAAUUGCAGCAAUGCAGCAUGCUGAUGAGGAAGAGGAUAUAAACAAAGUUUUGAGAUAUUUCUCCUAUGAGCACUUCUAUGUGAUAUAUUGCAAGUUCUGGGAGCUGGACACAGAUCACGAUUUCUUGAUAGACAAAGAGAACCUCAUAAGAUAUGGUAAUCAUGCACUCACAUACCGAAUUGUUGACAGAAUAUUUUCACAGGUACCAAGAAAGUUCACGAGUAAUGUUGAAGGGAAAAUGGGAUAUGAAGAUUUCGUUUAUUUUAUUUUGGCGGAAGAGGAUAAAUCAUCAGAGCCUAGUCUUGAGUACUGGUUCAAAUGUGUAGACUUGGAUGGAAAUGGGGUGAUUACAAGGAAUGAAAUGCAGUUUUUCUACGAGGAGCAGUUGCAUAGGAUGGAAUGCAUGGCCCAAGAGCCUGUCCUAUUCGAGGACAUAUUGUGUCAGAUUGUUGACAUGAUUGGACCGAAGGAUGAGGGUUAUGUUACCCUACGUGACUUGAAAGGAACCAAACUUUCUGGCAGUGUUUUCAAUAUUCUUUUCAACCUCAAUAAGUUCAUGGCCUUCGAAACACGUGAUCCGUUUCUCAUCCGUCAGGAGCGUGAGAAUCCAACAUUGACAGAGUGGGACCGGUUUGCACAUAGGGAGUAUAUUAGGCUCUCAAUGGAGGAAGAUGCUGAGGAUGCCUCUAAUGGAAGUGCAGAUGUGUGGGAUGAAUCUCUUGAGGCCCCUUUUUGAGUUAUAAAUGGAAAUCUGCACAUUAAGGUGAAAUUGAAGAAUUCUUUAAUUUAAGUUGUGAGCAACCAAAGCAUGUAAAGAUUUUGGAUUUAGUCGCCAAUUAUGCUCAACAUCCUAGUGAAGAGUUAGAUCUGCUGUUCCAUUGGUAAAUGAAGAGAAGAGGUUAAAAAGUUGGUGUUGCAUAUGCUCAAUGGAAGAAGUUACUCAGGUGCUUUAAUCGGAAGCAUUUAGCGUUUUGGCAAGUUAUAACUUUUAGCUUUCUCUUUUUGAUUAGGUGCCUGUUUUGUUUCUAUCAAUAGAUAUUAUGUCUUCUUUUUCUUUCUAUAACUUGUGCAUCAAAUGUUUCCCAAAUGCGGAUAGUCUGGUCUUGAGAGGUUGUAGCUCCUCUUUCAAUCUUCAAUUUCUUUCUUUUGAAACAGUUAUGCUUUUCUGGUGAACUGAAUAGUAUUUGUAUUUAACGUAUAUUACAUGUUAUUUUUCGGUA